AAGUAUUGGUUUAGUUCUUAUUGGUAGUUGUUAAUUAAUGAUUUUUUUCUUAGGAUUUUUUAAUCAUAGGUUUGGUGGUUCAGUUUUGGGGGGUUUUGCACUGUUUGCAGUGUUUGUUGGCAGCUACAAUAGUUGACUGUCUGCUUCUCUUACAGCUUCAGCUGUCUUUGACGACAUUUUAGUGUGUCUUCAAUCUUGAUAUUAUGCUCUAUUCAGAUUUGCAGAAGUAUUCUCAAAUCUUUUUCCUCGGUAAAGGUGCUCCAUUUCUGUCAGUUUUAUUUUUACUCUAUGUUGUGUUAGUUGUAACAUUAUUUUUGCUUUGCUUCUUUGCUCUCAUAGGUGUUAAUAACCAUGUUUAUGACUGUCCUAGCUUCCUCUUUCCUUUUCAUCUUUUCGCUGCUUUAAAAAUCCCAUCUGUGACUGGAACAAUCUAUCAUUGAAGAAUUUCACUACCGAUACAGGAAGUAGUAUUCAAAUUUUUAUUAAGUUUUGAGAAACUUAUGUAUAUUCUUCUUAAUACUAUAAUUGAGUCUUAUGUUCAGUUCUACCUUGAUGUCAUGGAAAUGCGAAAAUGAUUUGGCUCUCCUUUUUUUAUUAUAAAAUGUAUAAGCCCUGCAUUUUUUUCUAUCUCCUCUUCUUAGAACUCCAUUUUAUAUCGUUUAUUUAUAGGUUUUGGUCAUAACACUUUUAUUAAGGGUAAUCAUGAAAAGAUGCUUUUCCAUACUUCACGCGAAUCGUGAAAGUUUUGCCUUGGUCUUUGUAUGUUGUGUGAUAUUAGAUCAUUUAUUAUGUACUUGUCCUACUAAAUAAAUCAUUCACAUGUUCAGCUCCCUCUGUCCAUAAUUCAGUUCUUUACCAGAGUUGGAAGGUCUUACACUUUUGCUUAUAGGUAUUAGCCUGAAUCAAAUUUGGUCUCUGUCAGAAGCAUCUACGUCUAUUGGGCUUCAUGUGGAAGUAGAAUCCUAUCUAUAUGCACUCGUUUUUUAAGUAACUAUACACCAUUUGAAUCCUAUAUAAUAUAUAAAUGAGAUGGAGGGUUUAAUCCCCCUGCCAAUGUGAAUUUUUUUGUUACUAAACAUUUUAAUCUGCGGUGGGAGGAUUGCAUGGUUUGAUGUUCUGACUAUAUUACCCUUACACCGUCCAAAAUCCAGUCUCAUUUAUUUACUCACACAUUGACCCUUAACCAGUAAUAGGGUUGGCAUAUAGGGAAAUUGAUCGAAAACUCUUGGAGUGGGUGAAAUUGGCCUUUGGGUUGCUCUCUUCCAUAAUGUUUACAGCAUUAAUGAAGCCAUCUUAAAUUUUCAGGUCACUUUGUACAUGUAUUUGUAUUAUUAGGAAUGAUUAGCUAUAAAAUUUUAGGAGAAUUGAUGUUUUGUGGCCUGUUUCUUUGGACAAAUAUUAUUACAAAAGGCAAAAGCAUGUUUCAAACAUUUAAUCUUUAACCUUUUAGUUAACUAUGAAAUAUGUAUGUUAUAUUCUAUGAGCUUUUCAAUUUGGAAACACUAUGAGUGUUGAAUGCAUAGUAAAUUGUGAUUGAUAUAUUUGGAUGGUGGAAUUGUCCAGAUUAUGUCGAGAGUACUUCCAUUUUGUCAAGUUUGAACUUUUAAAUUUAGAAACACUAUUUGAGAGCUAUCAUUGCUUAGGAGAUAAAUUUCGUAAGUUUGUGUGCUUUGGUUCAGCAUUGGUUUAAAAUUUGAGUGUAGAUAUGUAACGUAUAUUCUGUGUGCAUGAGAGUUUAUUCUAGAUCAUAUAUCUCAACAUGGUUAAGCCUUUAGACUCUUUUUUUGUGAUAAAUGGAUUUGCAAAAUAAAAACGUUUAGAGGGCGUGAAGUAAGCUCUGCAUCAAAAGGUAAUCAAAUAAUAAUCUGAAUUUUUAUUUGGCUAGAGAUAAAUCUAAAUGGAAAUGUUGAGAUUAAUGUGUCCCUUUAUUUGGUUACUGUCUUCAAUUAGGAAUUUGUUAAUGAAAUAUUAAUAUAUGUGUAGGUUGUAUUAUAUGUUUAGUUGGUUAUCUAUGUGUAAACGACUAUAUACUAUGUUUUGUAAUGUUCAUUUUAUUUCCAGUGGCAAUGAAAGACUGGAAUAUAGGCUCGAUAAACUAUGCAUGAAGUUUUUUCAAGUGUUCUGGUUUGACAUGUUUUUAUGCUGAUGCGUAUUUUAUAUUGAGUUCUUUAUAUGACAAAUGAAAGGACUGCUUGGUUCCCUGUGACGAGAAGAAAUAUGAAAGUAUGGCUGGAGAAUGGAACCACAAAUCUGAUAAAUGGAAUGCAGACCAAAAUGACAGAGACAACAAAUGGAAAGACUAACGGGUUCCCUGUGACUAGAAGAAAUAUGAAAGUAUGGCUGGAAAAUGAAACCACACAUGUGCUAAAUGGAAUGGAGACAAAAAUGACAGAGAUGACAAAUGAAAGGACUUCCCUGUGAUUAGAAGAAAUAUGAAAGUAUGGCUGGAGAAUGGAACCACACAUCCGAUAAAUGGAAUGGAGACAAGUUUUCUAUUUCACCUCUCUUCUUUUUUGAUCUCUUAAGAGUAAAUAUCUUUAUUACUUCAAUUGUUUUACCUCCUCUUAUUUUAACUAUUUUUUGAGAUGUUUUUAUGUUGAUGUAUAUUUUAUAUUGAGUUCCUUAGAUGACAAAUGGAAGGACUGACUGUGAUUAGAAGAAAUAUGAAAGUAUGGCUGAAGAAUGGAACCACACAUCUGCUAAAAGUACCUCUCCUGUAAUAAUUGGAAUCUUAAUGGACAUAUUUUGAGAAGUGCAAUUGUUUAUUAUGAUAUCACUCUAUAUUUAAAUAUUUUAAAGCUAUACUCUAUAUAGUUUUCAGUGAGUUUUUUUUGGUAGGAUUAUAUAGAAGAUUUUCUUUGGUAGAAUGCAUAGUGGAUACAUGCUUUGUAAAAUGCUGAUAAGUUUGGAAAUGAUGGAUUCUGGGAGAGUGUGGACAUCGAGAGUGUGGAGUGGAAUAGAAGAAAGAACAUGUUUAAUAAGUAUGAGUCUCCCCAUGGGAUUGAGAACCUUGCUAUACCAAGAGUUGAGGAAGCUAUCAAAAUGGGCAAUAAGUGUAUUGCAAUGAUCUUUCUUGAGCUUCCCUUUGCAUAUGGUGGCACCAAGAUAAGUAAAGGGUAUGCUUCCUUGCUUCAUCCCAAUGGCUCUCUCAAUUGCCAAGAUAGCAGGGAAGAAACCAGAUGGCUGCCCAUUAAUGAGAACGGAAAAGGAGGUGGCUUUCAGGUUUGCCAUAAGGAGAUUAACCACAUGUGGGGCGAACCCAAAGCUGAGGAGAAUGCCUUCAAGAUAUUCCCAAUUUAGAUUGUCAAAUGCUUUGGCCAUAUCCACCUUAAUAAUGAGGUUGCCACCAU